AUGAUGAAAACCCUUCCAUUGACCGCUAGAGCCAAAACAACUGCUCUCAAACAACCACGUGAAAUAUUCGUCUAUGCUCGUGACAUCGAUAAUGAAUACAUAUUUGACGAAACAAAAGUCAAACAAGAACAUAUCCCCUACUAUUACCUUGCAAAUGCUGAUAUUGAUUAUAAACAAGCCAAACUCGACCUAUCCGCCGGAUAUUCCCAUUUCAAAAAAAUCGACCCCGAAUUAAAUCUUGCUGAUUUCGAUAAACUUCUUCAAGGAAUUCAACAUCAUGAACAAUCCACCCAAAAGAAGCUCGAUGGGGAUAUAAUUACAUUCCGAGGGAUUAUGACCAAGAUCAUCUCCAUGCCCUAUUUUCUUACCGACCCGAUUGAUUUAAACAUAGUUCCCUUCGAUGGACAAUUAUUCAUUGCCCAAGAUAAAAUAAUCGAAUUAAAUCGAAUGAAAAGACAAGAAGAAGAAUUAAUCAACAAUAACCCUCCAGAUAAGGUUGAACAUAUCAAGAAAUGUGAAUUCUCGGGAUAUAAAUUCGAAACCUUAGCUACUAUUCCUCACCCCUGGGCCCAAACCCCUAGACCCCAGAUUGAUAAUCGAAAUAAAAAAAUUGUUAAUAAUUAUGAACAAUACCUAUCAGUCAUCAAAACCGGGAUUGGGAAUGUUAAAUUAAUCCUCGCGGGGGAAAUUGAUUGUGUUUGGGAUUAUAUUCCCGAAAAAACCAAAACUGUACUUGAUCAUUAUGUAGAAUUAAAAACUAGUCGGAUUAUUGAACAUAAUGGACAAGUUGUCAAUUUUGAAAAGAAAUUAUUUAAGACAUGGUGUCAAAGUUUCUUAAUGGGGGUUAGGAAAGUGGUUUAUGGAUUCCGGGAUGAUAAUUUUAUUUUAAGAAGUGUGGAACCAUACAAUACCGAUGAGAUUCCGAUUAUGAUUAAGGAUAAUCCAAUUACUCAGAAUAAUAAGAAUAAGAUUAAUUGUACAAAUGCUUUGAAAUGGUAUGGGGCUGUAUUGGAUUGGAUUGUUGAGAAUGUGGAUAAGAAGGAUGAAAGUAAGAGUUAUAGAUUGAGCUAUGAUCCAGGCAGUAGAACUUUUUCAUUAAUGGAAUUACCGGGGGAAGAUAAUAAGAGAUUAAGAAAUGGAGAAAUAUUGACUAGGGAAUUUAAAGAAUGGCGAGAAUCUUUGAAGAAGAAGUGA